AUGGCCAACGACUAUUACCACUCGAACAUCCCACAACCCCCCAGCUACGACCAGGCAAUACCCGGGAGAACAGACCAGACCGCACACCCAGUUCCGGGAUUCGGUUACUCGAGCUAUGAUAACAACCACGAUGAUCCUUCAAACCCCUAUCACAACCGAGAAAGUCAACAAUCAUUCGCAUCGGACAAUGGACAUUACCAGGCAGCCGGACGGCCAGCAGAAGGCGACCACUACGCAGAAAACAUCCCUCUGAAGACCAACACCCAAUAUGGAAACAAUCCAGAUUGGAUGCGCCAACAAACCCAAUACCCUCCAUCACCAGGGGGACUCGAGGAUAGCCGACCACGCGACAUCCGCAAAAAGAAGGGAUUCUUCAAGAAGAAGAUCGCUUGGGUGACAUACAUCUUGACUCUAGCCCAGAUCGUCGUGUUCAUCGUCGAACUAGUCAAGAAUGCCCAGUUGACAGGGUCUGUCAUUGAGACAAAGCCGACCUUUAAUCCGAUGAUCGGGCCUUCACCAUAUGUACAAAUCUACAUGGGAGCACGUUACAACCCGUGCAUGAAGAAUGUCGAGGGAAUCCAGAACGCCAAUACCACCAUCGGAUGGCCCUGUCCGAACUCUACAACGGCCAUGGGGAGCUGCUCGCUGUCUGAUGUGUGUGGCUUUAGCGGUGUGCCCAAUCCCCGUGUUCUGGGAUCGACCGAUGAUAGCCCGGCUCCCAAUCAGUGGUAUCGGUUCAUCAUCCCCAUUUUCAUGCAUGGCGGAUUUGUCCACAUCGGAUUCAACCUGUUGGUCCAGCUUACAAUGGGUGCAGAUAUGGAGCGUAUGAUUGGAAUGUGGCGCUACACCUUGACCUACUUUGCCAGUGGAAUUUUCGGAUUUGUCUUGGGUGGAAAUUACGCCUCGCAGCUCGAUCCUAGUGAUGGCUGCUCUGGUGCUCUCUUCGGAAUACUUGCGCUUUACUUGCUGGAUCUGCUCUAUGACUGGACUCAACGCGAGUCUCCGUGGGUUGAGCUUAUCAUCAUGGUCCUGGGAGUGGGCGUUUCGUUCGUUCUUGGCCUUCUUCCGGGACUUGAUAACUUCUCCCAUAUUGGUGGCUUCAUCAUGGGCCUCGCCAUUGGGCUGACGAUCAUGCGGUCGCCCAAUAUUCUCCGAGAGCGAAUUGGUCUUGCACGCCAGCCUUAUGUUGCUAUGAGCGGGGGAGCUGGCCAAGGUGGACCCCAACAAAAGACCACCUCCUUCAUGGAUUUCUUCAAGGGCAAACAAGGCCUCACAUCGAGCUCGACACAGACGGGCGAGUCUACCAAGGGCCCGCUCAAUUUCUUCAAGGGCCGCAAACCUCUUUGGUGGUGUUGGUGGCUAGUUCGUGCCGGCGCCCUGGUCGCGGUCCUUGUUGGUUUCAUUAUGUUGAUCAUCGACUUUUAUAAGUACCCUUCCACGAACUGCUCCUGGUGCCAUCGGUUGAGUUGUCUGCCCGUCAAUGGCUGGUGUAAGCAAAAUGGGUUGACGUACACCACCACGGAGAACUCCAACUGA